AAAGAUAUCUUCCAGUUAGCAGGUAGGUAGAUGUAGAGCAGAGGAGGGUUAUUUGAUCAUUGGCCAAACAGACGUUUCCAGGGAAAGGUCAGUGUUAGCUUUCGUGCCGCAAUCAAUCGCCCUAAUCUUCAUCGUUUCAAACAUCGGAGAAUAAGAACAGAACCAUGGAUCAAACCAAACUGAAGGAGUUGGGUCUGAGACUCUUCGAAAUCAAUGCAUUCAAAUUCGGUGACUUCAAGAUGAAGGUCGGCAUCAAUUCGCCGGUCUACUUCGACCUCCGGGUCAUCGUCAGCUAUCCGGACGUGAUGGAUACACUGACGGACCUGCUGACAGAGUUCAUCAAACAAAUCCAAGUCGACACGGGUGUGCAUCUGUGCGGAGUGCCCUACACGGCCCUCCCGGUGGCCACGCUGAUUUCGAUCAAAGCCAAACAACCGAUGCUGAUUCGCCGCAAGGAAGCCAAAACCUACGGAACGAAGAAGCUGGUUGAGGGAAAAUUCAACGCCGGAGAUAAGUGUCUUAUCAUUGAAGAUGUGGUCACAUCCGGUUCCAGCAUUCUGGACACGGUGAACGAUCUGCGAUCGGAAGGUCUGGUCAUCACCGACGCCAUCGUGGUCGUCGACCGGGAGCAAGGCGGCGCCCAGAACACGGAGGAGCAAGGCGUCCGGAUGCAUUCGCUCUUCACGCUGUCCUACCUGUUGAACGUUCUGCUCGAGGCCGGACGCAUCGAGGAAAAGACAGUGCAGGCGGUGGCCAAGUACAUCGAGGGUGCACAGAUCAAGAGCGACGGUUCGUUCAUGAAGAACGGCACCACGGUCAUCAACGAGCUGAGCCGCGCCGGUAUGACGUUCGAGGCGCGAGCCGAUCUGGCCAAGUGUCCUGUCAGCAAGGAGCUGCUGAAGCUGAUGGCCAGCAAGAAGAGCACGCUCUGUUUGGCGGCGGAUUUGACCAAGUCGGAGGAUAUUCUAAAUCUGGUGGAGAAAGUUGGUCCGUAUAUUUGUGUGUUGAAGACCCACGUGGAUAUCGUUGAAGAUUUCAGUGACAACUUCGUCAAAUCUUUGCAAUCGUUGGCCAAGAAGCACAACUUCAUGCUGAUGGAAGAUCGCAAGUUUGCCGAUAUUGGUAACACUGUCGCUUUACAGUACGGCAGUGGUCUUUUCAAAAUUUCCAGUUGGGCAGAUUUGGUCACCGUUCAUUCCCUGCCGGGACAGGGUGUGCUGAAGGGGCUGAAAUCCGUGCUGACCGAUCCUAGCCAGCAGAGGGGAGUGUUCCUGCUGGCCGAGAUGAGUUCUCAGGGUAAUCUGGCCACUGCCCAGUACAGCGCUUCCACGAUGAAAAUGGCCACGGAGGUGGAUGUGGACUUUGUCGCCGGGGUCGUGUGUCAGAGUUCCGAUUUGGUCGCAUUCCCGGGCUUGCUGCAGCUGACUCCCGGUGUGAAGCUCGAGGGCGGAGUCGACGACUUGGGUCAGAACUAUGAUAGCCCCGAGCACGUGGUGAAGGAGAAAGGAGCCGAUAUUUGCGUCGUGGGCCGAGGAAUCCUGACGGCCAAGAACCAGGAGGAUGCGGCCAAACAGUACCAGGAGCGUCUCUGGGCGGCUUACUGCGAGCGGGUCGCGAUCAGCGAGUGAUUUGUGCAAACCGUCAAUCAAACCUACCUUUAAUUCCACUACUGCUGUGAGUAUUACCUUCCUUUCGACGAGGUUCCUAUCAAUUGGAAAAUACUGCUACCUGAUUGAAUCGUUAACCACUAUUUACCAUUCCUAAUCAUUCCCUCAUUUUUUUGUGUCUACCAUUUUCGAAAUUAUUGUGUUACCGGAAGCACGUAAGAAAAUACUUUUAAAUACAAUGUCUGAAAAGAA